GCGUGUAUGUCUUACAUGAGUCAUGCCAUCUCCCUAGAAGGUCCCACAGUCCAUUGCUCUUUGUCUCUGAGUGCUGUAUUACCCUGUACUUCCUUCUCAGUUACAUGGACACAGAGCAGUAUGAAGAAGCUGUGCGGGACUAUGAAAAAGUGUAUCAGACGGAGAAAACAAAAGAACACAAACAGCUCCUCAAGAACGCACAGCUGGAACUGAAGAAGAGCAAGAGGAAAGAUUACUACAAGAUCCUGGGAGUUGACAAGAAUGCCUCUGAGGAUGAGAUCAAGAAAGCUUACCGGAAGCGGGCCUUGAUGCACCAUCCAGAUCGGCACAGUGGGGCCAGUGCCGAGGUCCAGAAGGAGGAGGAGAAGAAGUUCAAGGAAGUGGGCGAGGCCUUUACCAUCCUCUCUGACCCCAAGAAAAAGACUCGUUAUGACAGUGGGCAGGACCUGGAUGAGGAGGGCAUGAAUAUGGGCGGUGAGUUUGUUUGGGCACCUGGAAUGAAGAGGGUCCCUGCAAAACAGGUUU